AGUGGUUUCGAGAUGGUUUUCCAUCCUUUUCAGCAGAAUCAGGGUAGUGCUGAGCACACAUGAAAAUCGCACCUACAACGUACAUCUUUAUUACGGAAAAGAUUUAUAUCUUCCUUCCAGUUGCCUUAAGAGACCAGUUUAACGCAGAAGGUAUUUUGUUGCUUAAGAGAUGAGUGAUCGCAGCAACCAGAACCCAAGAGUGUUUUCAAUUUCAGUGAAAAAAAAGACACGAAAAACCAAUUAGCACUUCAAAAGGUUGGUGCAGAAAUCAGCACAAGGCGCUCCAGGUUCACGCCUAUUUCGCAGCAGAGCUCCCACUCUAGUUGUUCCGUGUUUUGCGUGCGAGGAUCGCUGCGUGCCAUCCCUGUUAAGUACAACGAACAUGAAAUCAUCCCUACCUCUGUGGGAAGGGGAGGGCUGCACCGUGAUUGUUCAUGAAUCCCCCGCACAUCCCAGUGGGGUGCGUGGCCUCCGAAACCGGCGGUGAUGCAGCAGGUUUGCACUGGGCGGGCAGCGUUAUUUCGGGGGCGCGGGGGCAGGCUGCCAAGCGGCAGCUGCCUUUGCCAAGCACCUUGUUUGGAGCUGUGACCGCUCGGCUCAUCUAUUUGGGGAAUGAAGCGAGGCGCUCGGCAGGGCUCGCCAGCCACCGAGCCGUCUCGGUAAGAGUCCCCGUGGGCUGCCACCGGGGUGGGCAGCCAGGCUGGAAGGCUCUCCGGAGAAAGCAGUUCAGUUUUUCCUGGAGGGAGACAGGAGGCAGUUUUCCCUCUGAGACAAUAAAGCAGCGCGUUUGUUUUGCUGCUGGUUUUCACGACAGCAGCAGGACGCUUCCCCUCCUCUCCCUGUGCCGUUUCCUUUGUCACCUCCCCAGCAGUCACCUUUGGCUGCUGAGCAGAUCCCCGUGUGCCAGGAGGAGCCGCUCUGUCAUCUUCCUUCCUGCCUACCUUUUCUCCCCUGCUGCACCCUGGGGAGACUUAAGAUCUCCUAGUGAAAAUACAAAGUGUUUUUAACAGCCUGGUUCAGAUCUUGGCAGCAAGUCCAGCAAAACGACAGAAAGAAGAGAAAGAUGGCCAGCUGCUCUGCAUUUGUGGAUUACCAGACCAUCCCCGUAGAAGAUGUGUUUUGUUUCAGUAGCAGGAAGGCCCUUUUUAAACUCCUGUCACGCUCCUUUCUUCCCUAAUGGGAAAUGAGUCGGGAAUAACUCUGCUGGCAGCAGUGGCCAGAGGCCUGGAGAACAAGGCUGCUUCUGCUUACUGCAUGUAUGGAGUCGCCGUGCCUCACGGGGCUGCCCCUUGGAAAAAGCUAGGGCGGUGAAAUCAGGCUUUUUGGAUGGACAUCUUAUUGCUCCACCUGGAGCAGACAAAAACAGGGCUUGAGCUCCGGCCAAGCCCUGCAACUGGUGAGGGCGCAGCCUCCUCGGCCUGUUACAGCCUGUGGCUGCCGGUGGCUCUGGUACAAGACGGGCAGUCAGACCCACAGGCAGGUGAAUACGCUGGGCCACGCCGUCUCAGCCCCACCUGCCGCCAUGUCCUGUGGCACGUGGGGGGCUACCAAGAGGAGUGAAAAGGAAGACACCUGACCAAACCCAUUCCCAAAAUCUGGCCUGUUUGCUUUUCAGCGGAAGAAUUGUGGUGUUGUGUUGGCUAGGUGAUGGGAAGAUGGCGAUGUGUGAGCCCUGAGGGGUCUCGGACUUGUCCUCUGCUGGGUGCUUAUCGGCCACCUCAGCCAGUGCUGAGAGGUGUGGUGCAAUGUGGUCAUAACACAGACCCUCUGCGAGAGGCUCGAGGAUGAUUUUUAUUUAGAUGCUGAAGGCAUAUGAACAAGCAGUAGCCUUGACUGGGAUUUCUGUCAUGUCCUUUGUCAUCUAUUUCUCAUUUCUCUGCGUGUUCCCUCUGGUCUUCUUCCUGCCCUCCUCCGCUUUCUCUGCUCCCUCUCAGACCGGCAAAUUCCUUGGCUGCCAAGAUACUGUGUGUCACCAGCACAAAGUGCUUGUGGCUUUGUUGUCUAACAGAUUGCUAAUGAGGUUGAGUCAGUUCCACGCAAGAGGUAGUUACCCAGGACCGCUUCCCAAAACCCCUUUUCAUUUUGGCUUGGCGUUACACGUUCCUGGAAGCUGCCUGCCCCAAGCAUUGCGGGAGUGCAGGCCCGUGGCUGCCGGUGCCUCCCCUAGUAAGCGGCACACCAUAGGUUUUUGAAGAGAGUGCAACCAUAAAAUGAUUGCCACAUUAGUAGGGCAUUCUGUGGUUAAGGAAUGAUGAAUUUUUAUGAUUUCUUCUUUUUUUCCCAGUCUUGCUCUCUCCGUUCCCUAACGACCACUAUAAAUUACUUUCGGUGUUCAACUCUAUGGAGCAUUCUUGCAUUGGGUAAUUGCUCUAAACCCAGCACUGAAAACCAAGCUCCAUUUUAACUCCUUCAUCAGUUGCCCAUUAUAAUGCACUUGGCAGUUCAGCUAAUGGCCUGCGAGGCAAAACAGAAAACAAACUGUCCCCCUGUAUCUACGCCUUCGCUGAAGUGCUGACAAGAAGAAAGAUGCCUAGAGAUAUAUUCAGCACAUACGACUUAGAAGAUGGAAGUGGAGCAUUAAAGGCCAUUUUUGCAGUGUAAUUACUAUGCCGUGGUAUUAAAACAAUAUUUACCUAAUGACAGCAGUCUCCUCCUUGUGCUUUACCUUGCUGUUUUGCCUAUGAUAAAGUGUUGUUGGAAUCCACCCCUCAGCAGACAGGAGCUGCGGACACGUUUGCCGGGGAACAUGUUUGCUCACAUAGGUUGCUCGUAAAACGGCUCUCCCAGGCCCGAAAAGAUUUCUUCUAUCAUCAGCCAGCAGCGAAGCCCCUUUCCAGCAUCCAGGCUGCAUGACAGCCUGGCGCUGGAAUGUGCUCCUCCGCAGCCCAGCUUUUAACUUGAAGCUCUGGCAGGGCGCUGGGUAGGUCUGGCUCAGUGACACGGAGCUGUGAAAGUCAAUCGCUUCGUUUGGGAACAAGGGGAAGCCCAGCAUAUUCUUUAGCCGCCUUUGCCUCCAGCUCCUUUGCAGUCUAAGCACAGAAUAUACACGCCCGUGAAAGCAAUUAGAGAGACAUGGACUUCCAGCGCAGAGCUCACUCCUACGCGAUCCCGGAGGACGAAGAGAUCGCCCACGAGGUCGCUCGCGAUGGCCACAACUCUGCGGGAAACGAAGGCGAGAAACCAGUGUCAAAACUGCAGCGUAGGCACAGUGACAUAAAACUCUACAAAGAGUUUUGUGACUUUUAUGCAAGAUUCAACAUGGCGAAUGCGCUCGCGAAUGCCAUCUGUGAGCGCUGUAGAGGUGGCUUUGCACCAGCAGAGAAAAUUGUCAACAGCAACGGUGAGCUGUACCACGAGCAGUGCUUCGUGUGCGCCCAGUGCUUCCAGCAGUUUCCUGAAGGGCUCUUCUACGAGUUUGAAGGGAGGAAGUACUGUGAACAUGAUUUUCAAAUGCUUUUCGCCCCUUGCUGCCAUCAGUGUGGUGAGUUCAUUAUUGGUCGUGUUAUUAAGGCUAUGAACAAUAGUUGGCAUCCAGAAUGCUUCUGCUGUGACAUCUGCCAACAAGUAUUGGCAGAUAUUGGAUUUGUCAAGAAUGCUGGGAGACAUCUCUGCCGUCCUUGCCAUAACAGGGAAAAGGCCAGAGGCUUGGGAAAGUACAUUUGCCAGAAGUGUCAUGCCAUUAUUGACGAACAGCCUCUCAUAUUCAAAAAUGAUCCUUAUCACCCUGAUCACUUCAACUGUGCAAACUGCGGGAAGGAGCUUACUGCUGAUGCUCGUGAGUUGAAGGGAGAAUUAUAUUGUUUACCCUGCCAUGACAAAAUGGGUGUCCCCAUCUGUGGAGCAUGUAGAAGACCAAUUGAAGGACGAGUGGUGAAUGCUAUGGGCAAACAGUGGCAUGUGGAGCAUUUUGUUUGUGCGAAAUGUGAAAAGCCAUUCCUGGGUCAUCGUCAUUAUGAGAGAAAAGGCUUGGCAUAUUGUGAAACCCACUACAAUCAGCUGUUUGGUGAUGUUUGUUUCCAUUGCAAUCGUGUGAUUGAAGGAGAUGUUGUGUCUGCUCUGAAUAAGGCAUGGUGUGUGAACUGUUUCGCUUGUUCAACCUGCAACACUAAGUUAACACUCAAGAAUAAAUUUGUUGAAUUUGAUAUGAAGCCUGUCUGCAAAAAGUGCUAUGAGAAGUUUCCUCUAGAGCUGAAGAAAAGACUGAAGAAACUAGCUGAAACUUUGGGAAGGAAGUGAAGACUUAUCUGCUCUCCCUGUUCUUUAUGAAAAUGUUAUACAUAUUGCGUGUUGGGGGGGGGACUUUGAGGCUGCAAUCAGACAACAGAUUGUGACGCAUGCCUUUCAAUCAAAUCGAGAUAUUUUGAAAUUUUCCAUUCUCUAUACAUGUACAUGUAUACUGAUUUGUUGAUAAAUAGGCCACACUUACAGACUAAAUUAAAUAUCAACUCACCUGAAAGGUUUCUGACCCUGAUAAUGCAGUUGAACUGGUACAAGUGCGCCAUUGCGCACAGUAAUCUCUGUGGAAUUUUAGAUAGAAAAUACGCUUGUGAAUACCUGCAAAGACACACUUUGCAAAUGUGUCUAACAUUACGGACACGUAGUGUCAUUUAUAUUACUGAAAGUAUCGAUGUGCAAAUUAAGCAUGAGUAUAAAACUUCAAGUGUCUAGGGCAAGAAACCAAACAUACCUCACUUUGUGGAAAAAAAAGAUGCCUAGAUUUCAGGUCAGAUAGUCUCAUUAAGGAGCCUGGUUUCAGAUGGUUUGAAAAGUAUCGUAUUUCUAAAUACAGUCACUGUACAAAUGACCUGCUUCUGAUAGUUUGUGCUUACAUGAUGAAUCUUUGUACAUCAGACUUAGCAUGAAAUAUCUAUAUGAAGUCUAUAUUCCUACUGCAAGAAAUGAGCAUACUCAGAACUACUUGAAUUUUGCUAUAUUCCAUUCAGAGUAACACAUUAACUUUUAUAUAUGCUUUUGCAUUGUAUUUACUUUUUGUGCCUUAUUCUGCUGGACCAUACAUAACAGUGUUCCAUUAAAUAUAUAUAUAUAGUUUUAUUUUUAUUUCAUAUUUUUAUGCAGAAACUAUAUACAAGGUAUUUUCAAAAGAUAACAUACUUUGCCUUAAUUAUUCAGGAUGCAAGAGGAAUUUUGUUACAAAUGUGAACACCUGAGGUUUAAAUUUAGCUUCUUGGCUUCUUUAACUUCUAGAACAGUAAUGGAAAUGCAUAUUUCAAUUAACUGGCAAUAUUACUUUUACACUGUGAGUGUAAAUAUAUGUGGUUUGAUCCUGCUAGGAUCUAUUUCUUUAGUCAUCCUCAAGAACUGAGCUCACAAGUCAUCAGAAUUCCUUAUAACAUACACCUGAUUGUUUUAUACCAUUGACUUCUGUUCUUGCACACCUGUUUUAUUUUUCCCUUUUCUAUUGAAAAUACAGUUACUUAGGAAUUCUUGAUGGUACUGUGUUAUCAAGUACAUGUGUUUUUUUUUCUUUUUCAUACUAGUGACUUACACGGAUUUUGUGUAAUUGCAUCAUAGCAAGCAAAAUUUCCUUUUCUGUUUAUGGAAAACUAGUUGCUUGAAAACAUCUUUCCAGUGUCAUCAAUAAAGGCUAUGUUAUUAAAAC